CCCAUGGCACCCAGCACAGACUUCAUGGAGCAUAGCUCCCUCCUGACUCCCAAAGAGAAAAACAAACUGAGGAAGCCGGUGGUGGAAAAGAUGCGCCGGGACCGCAUCAACAGCAGCAUCGAGCAGCUGAAACUGUUGCUGGAGAAAGAAUUCCAGAGACACCAGCCCAACUCGAAGCUGGAGAAGGCUGACAUCUUGGAGAUGACCGUCAGCUACCUGAAACAGCAGAGUCAUCUGCAGGGCAAAACUCCAGGCUUGCUCCCCAGAAGCCUGCAGACGGACUUCAAGGAGGGCUAUGCCCGCUGCCUGCAGGAAGCCUUCCACUUCCUCUCCUUCCACAAGGCACAGACAGACACCCAGACCAAGCUUCACAGUCAUUUCCAGAAAAGCUCCUCAGCAGCCACUGAGGGGCUGGCUCCCUCUUUCCCGACUCCUGGCCCUGGGAAGCAGCCUGCCCUCAAAGGCCCUCCCAGUCCUCUGUGGCGGCCUUGGUAGAUGGACUGAUGCCAGCCAGCUCCAGGUUUUCACUCCAGAGGAAGGUGGCUCCUGCAGGACUUCCUCUUUUCAGUAGGGAAUAUUAGUUCCCCUUUUAUUUAUGUGUGAAGAGAAUGGAAUACUUGAACUCUUGGCAGUGGACAGAGCCCUGGACUAGGAGUCAGCAGGCCUGGACUCCAAUCUCCAUUUCUGCCACUUACUGUGUGACCUUGGACCGGUCACUUCCCUUCUCUCGGCCUCAACUCUGAGGUCUCCUCCAGCUUGAAGGGAAAGGAGUCCAGUAUUCUGUUGAAAGUAUAGGGCUGUACAUAGAUGUUUCUUCAGAAUGAAGGUGCUUAAUGGGUGGGAAGGUAAAGGGAGUGGGAGAAGGAAAGGGAUAUAUGUUUUGUACGUUACAACUGUA